CUUGAAUCCCUCUCAGUGAACAAGGAAAGAAGAACAAAGGUCCCAAAAAGGACAAAAAACCGAGAGAGUCUGAGAGAGUUUCUUGCGGAAAUGAAGGUAGUGCAUCUGCUUCUACUGGUGGCCGCAGCCUGGUGGUUGCAGCAAGCCGGCGCCCCCACCGUGCCUGGAGACUGUCUACACGCCUGCGGGGGCGUGUCCGUGCCUUAUCCGUUCGGCCUCGAACCCCAGUGUGCGAGUUCCGUGGAGUUUUUGCUCAGUUGCACCACCACCACCACCACCCGAGGGAGCCAUGCUCGACUCCUGUUGGGGAACAUUCCAGUACGCAAGAUCUCAGUCGGGGACUCGACCAUGGUCGUCAGCCUCCCCAUAUUAUACGACUGCUACAACGAGAGCGGCCAGCCCGCAAACAAAAGCGAUUCUCUGGCCAUCAAUCUAUCUUCAUAUCCACAGUACACAUUGUCGGACACCCGGAACAACCUCACAGUCCUCGGCUGCGACACCUACGCCCUCGUGUCCGACAAAGAUCGGAUGUUCCGGACUGGCUGCAUCUCCUACUGCAGCGACCGCAUCGACUUCUCCAAGGAGACUGCUUGCUCCGGCCUCGGUUGCUGCCAAGCAUCCAUUCCCAAGGGGCUCAAGACGCUCCGCAUCAGAAUCUCCUCCAUCGACGGGCACGUGUCGGUCUCGCAAUUCAACCCCUGCGGACUGGCCUUCGUCGGGGACACGAAGGCGUUCGAUCUCUCCAACAGGACACUCCCGAGCUUCGAGGAUUUGGGCAAGAGCGUGGACCUCGUUCUGGACUGGAUGGUCGGAUGGAACGCGACCUGCGAGCAGGCCAAGUUGAACUGGUCGAGCUAUGCGUGUGGCAACAACACUGACUGCGAAAACUUUGGGAAUGGAACGGGUUACCGUUGCUUUUGCAGGGCCGGGCACGGGGGGAAUCCCUAUAGUCGCCCCGGCGGCUGUCAAGAUAUCGACGAGUGCAAGGACCCAGAGAAAUACCCAUGUCAUGGAAAGUGCCAGAAUCGGCCCGGGAGCUACUCAUGCGAUGGAAAGCACGGCGACAAUGAAGGCAGUCACCACCAAAAUGCUCGCCCCGCCUUAAUUGCUGCGGCGAUUUUUGUGCCCGUCUUGUGCAUAACUGUCGGUGCUUCAAUCUCCAUCACGUGGAAGUGGAGAAUCAGAAAGAUAAACUUCAGACGAAAUCGAGGAAAGCACUUGAAACAGCAAAGAGUUCGAAUCUUUACGGAGGCGGAGCUGGCAAAAGCAACCGGCAACUAUGAUGAAAGCAAUAAGCUCGGCGAGGGCAGUUUCGGUUCCGUCUAUAGAGGGCGAAUAGCCGGGGACGCCAACACCGUGUUGGCAGUCAAGAAGCCUAAAGAUGUGCACAAGUCUCUAAUAAAGAAGGAAUUCCAGGAUGAACUUAAAGCUGUGAUGCGGACAAACCGCAAAAAUGUGGUGAAGCUCAGCGGCAUAUGUUUGGAGACUAGAAUACCAUUGCUGGCUUAUGAAUACGUUCCGAAUGGCACCCUCUUCCAACACCUCCAUCAGAAUGCGUCAACCAUAUUAAAAUCUUGGAAGAACCGGCUCAGAAUAGCCGCCGAAGCUGCUCUUGCGCUCGCGUAUAUGCAUUCAUGCGCAGAACCCGCGAUCGUUCACGGCAAUAUCAAGUCGGCCAACAUACUUAUGGAUGAAAAUUACUCGGUGAAAGUAUCUGAUUUUGGAACUUCGGUACUUAUCUCACCAGAGCAUAUUCAUAUCGUGGCCACCAAAAUAGAAGGCACGCUAGGCUACAUUGAUCCGGAAUACUUAACCACGGGUAAGCUAACAAUUAAGAGCGAUGUGUACAGCUUUGGAGUUGUCCUCAUGGAGUUGCUCACGGGAAAGAAGCCUACAAGUUACAUUACCAAGUCCGGAGAGCCGAUCAGUAUCAUCCAUUGUUUCGUCUCUUCCGUGAAGGAUAAGACACUUUCCGACGUCAUAAACUUUGAGGUCUCUUCCGUGAAGGAUAAGACACUUUCCGACGUCAUAAACUUUGAGGCCGCUAAUGAAGACGAAAUCAAGAGAGUAGGAAUGGUUGCUGAGAUUGCGGUGAAGCGUUUGCACCAAAGCGGUGCGAAGAGGCCGGCAAUGCAGGAAGUGGCGCAGCAACUUGCCGGAAUUAACCCGAGCUCGACAGAUGAAGAAAAAAAUGAAGAGAUUGAAUGGAAAGUGGAUGGAGAAACCAGCCACUCCGUUGAGACUUCAAUUACUGACGAGGGGACGUCAAGCUGUCUUUUCUAUCUGGGAAUGAAUUCAGCAUGUUCCUGCAUCUGAUCCUUUAUUAUCAUAGUAACAUGUCUAAGGACUAUUAGGGUUGAUAGUGUAUUCUGAGUGCAUUUUAUGUUUGCCAAUUUGAUUUGGACUUAUAUUUGUGCAAGCAUCUUUGCAAUUUUAAGUGUGAGAAAUGUAAUAUAACAUAUGUAAAGCUGUGCAUUGAAGUGGACCUAUGGCCUUUGACAUUAUC